GAGAUAGGUAUCACGGACGAGACUCAGGGGGACAAGACGGCCAAAGCACUGGCGAUGGGAUGGCACAUGCUCUGCUCGCCCUCUGUUCUCGCUGGCCUUUCGAAGCGCAACCUGAAGAUUCUGAGGGAAGCGGGCGAGGCCCUCGAGGGCCAGCAUCUGGCAAUCUUCGGAGCGGAUUGGAAAAUGCAGUCGUCGAUCGUCGAGUUGUCGGGGUUACCACGUAAAGCAAACAUGGUCAUCCUGCAGCCCCCAGCCGAGACAUGUGCCACGGCAGCGGCUAAUCCGUACAUUGACUAUUUCGUGGUGUCGCCAGCGGUUGCGAAGUUGGUCGGUAAGACCUCUACCAUCGCGACGUGGCCGCACCGCCCGCACAAGCCUGUGCAGUUGCAGAUCAAGGCAGGUGUUAGCGGGAUCAAGCAGUUGAUAUAUCAAACGCAUAAGAGGCUCCCUAGGGAGCCCCCUUUCGGCCCCUCCCCCGAGCCGCCGUGUUGGGAGGUCCCCGGGGCCCUUGCCGAAGAGGCUAACAAAGCUGCCAGCGUCGAUUCGGUGAUUGUGGCGUGGGAACUGCUCUCUGCGGCGUGGAAGCGUUUUUCGGAUGCCAUGGAGGUCGAGUUGGAAGGUAAGCUGGACACUCCGAUCAAUACCAAAGGCCUCAAGGGUCUUCCUCCCUCGGCGAAGUUGGUCUCGGUGUUUACGAAACCACGACGGAACACCGAGGAUGAGGAACUGGCCUGUGAAGGUUGGAUUUGGCUCCAGCAGAACCUCAGAGAUCUCCAAUGCACGGCCGUGCGAGUGCAUGAGAACCGUGACAUGAAUGUGAACCAGGACAUCCAGGCUGUGUUCAACAUCUGCAGCAUCAUCCAGCAGCCCUUUCAUGGGGAGGGCCUGUCCGUGAGGCUGGACGCCACGGUCAGCGCUGCCAGGCAGUUAGUUGCGCCUCGGCCUCAGGACAGAGGCCAGAUGUCGGAUUGGCUCGAAAAGAUCAAGCAAGCUCUUGAUGAUUGGGGUGACGAUUUUGACAGCGCCCGAUCGGGCCUUGACACGCGUGCUAAGGUGAGCUGGGAUCAGCGGCAGCACGAG